AUGACUCCACGGAUCCGGCCAAGAGAGCUUGUUGAGGUUGAGUGCGCGCGCUGGGCGGGCAAGGGCGUGCGCAUCCAGUACGAGAACCGCAGCAACCGCAACGGGUACAAGGCCGGCGCCAUGCGCGAGGGCCUCAAGAAGCACUACGCCAAGGAGUGCGAGUUCGUGGCCAUCUUCGACGCCGACUUCCAGCCCGACGCCGACUUCCUCCGCCGCACCGUGCCGCUGCUGCAGCGCGACCCCGGGGUGGCGCUGGUGCAGGCCCGCUGGCGCUUCGUCAACGCCGACGACUGCAUCCUCACGCGCAUCCAGGAGAUGUCCCUCAACUACCACUUCGCCGUGGAGCAGGAGGUGGGCUCCGCUUGCCAUGCCUUCUUCGGCUUCAAUGGCACCGCCGGCGUGUGGCGAAUCGCCGCGCUGGCGGACGCGGGCGGCUGGAAGGAGCGCACCACCGUCGAGGACAUGGACCUGGCCGUGCGCGCCAGCCUCCGCGGGUGGCACUUCGUCUACACCGGCGACCUGGCCGUGCGCAACGAGCUGCCCAGCACCUUCAGGGCGUACCGCUACCAGCAGCACCGGUGGUCGUGCGGUCCCGCCAACCUGCUCCGCAAGGUGCUCCCGGAGAUCCUGCGCAGCGAACGGGUGUCGCCGUGGAAGAAGCUGCACCUCAUCUACGCCUUCUUCGUCGUCAGGAAGGUGGUGGCGCACCUCGUCACCUUCCUCUUCUAUUGCGUCGUCAUCCCGGCCUGCGUGCUCGUGCAGGGCGACGUGCGCGUGCCCAAGUACGUGGCCAUGUACGUGCCGGCCGUCAUCACGCUGCUCAACGCCGCCUGCACGCCCAGGUCCUGGCACCUGCUCAUCUUCUGGAUCCUCUUCGAGAACGUCAUGUCCAUGCACCGCUCCAAGGCCGCCGUCAUCGGCCUGCUCGAGGCCAGCCGCGCCAACGAGUGGGUCGUCACCGACAAGCUCGGCAACGGCAAGGCUACCGCUCCACCUCCAACGAGGAAGAAGAAGAAGCAGCAGCCGCCGCCGGCGAGAAAGAGGCUAUGCAGCCGGGAGGUGCAUGUUCUGGAGCUCGUGAUGGGGGCGUGCCUGCUCUACUGCGCCGUCUACGACAUGGUCUUCUUCGGCCGAGACCACUUCUACAUCUACCUGCUCCUGCAGUCCGCGGCGGCCUUCGUCGUCGGCUUCGGUUACGUCGGCGCAUUCGUGCCCUCCUGA